AUGGACUUCGUUUUUGGUCUUCCGCGCGAUUCCAGGUGUAAGACUGGUAUUGUGGUCUUUGUUGACCGCUUCAGCAAGAUGGUGCUUCUUGCUGCCGUCGCAGCGGAGGUGACCUCCGUACAGACGGCACGUCUGUUCGUUGACAUGGUGUUCAAGCACCAUGGCAUGCCCAACGCCUUUGUGUCGGACCACGAUCCGCGCUUCACGGCGCGUUUCUGGCAAGAAGUGUUCACACUUCUUGGAACGCAGUUUUCAAUGUCGACUGCGGAUCAGCCGCAGACGGACGGGCAAACCGAGCGCAUGAACCGCGUGCUCGUGGACUUGCUGAAGAGCUACGCCCAGUCGUUUCACAACUGGAGCGACUACUUGCCAAUGACCGAGUUCGCCAUCAACAACGCG